AUGCACGCUGCCAGCCCGGAGCCCCGUCCCGAUCCUGCCUGUGCUAGCCCUGCCUUCCCAGCCCCCGGCGUGGCCGUGGUGACCAUUUCCCGCACCGUCCGCCUGUACCGCCCCCCCGGGCCGCCCCCCGGCCCCCGGCCACUGGUCCUGCUGCUGCCCUGGCUGGGCGCCGAGCCUCGCGCCUUGGCCAAGUACCUGGCCCUCUACCUGGAGCGCGGCUGGCCCGUGCUGGUGGCCGAGAGCCGCCUGGCCCACUUCCUGUGGCCUCGGUGGGGGCUCGCCUACGCGGCCCGGGUGCUGGCGCUGCUGGCGGAGGGGGAGGCCCUGGGAGGCGGGCCCCUGCUCAUCCACGCCUGCUCCAUCGGGGGCUACACCUUCGCCCAGAUGAUGGUGCAGCUGGAGCAGCGGCCCGAGCGGCUCGCCGGCCUGCAGGGGCGCAUCCGCGGCCUGAUCUACGACAGCCUGGUGGCCGGCAGCCUGGCGGACAUGGCGAGGGGUGUGGCCAGGAUGGCCGGCUCCGUCGCCCUCCGCCCACUCAUCCGCAGAGGGGUCCUGCUGUACUUCCGCCUGUUCCGCAGGUGCACCGUGGUGCACUUCGAGGCCGCGCUGGAGGUGUUCCACCGGCCGCCCCUCCGCUGCCCCGUGCUGGUCUUCCACUGCCACAACGACCCGCUCAGCGACGCCGGCACGGUGCAGGCGCUCCUGGGCGCCUGGCGGGCGGCCGGCAUCCACGCGCAGGUGCAGGAGUGGCCGGUCUCCCACCACGCGGGGCACCUGCGCCUCCACCCGCAGGACUAUGCCCGGGCCGUGGCGACCUUCCUGCGGCGCCUGGACCUGGAGCCCCACCGGCCGUGGGCCAAGCUCUAG